AUGGCAGCAUGUCACAAAGUCCGUAAUGAAGGCGAGAGCCUUCUGCGACGAGCGCUCGAAAACGCGCGCCGGUUGUCACAGCAGUUGGCUCUGUCAACCCCCCGUCUCGUCGCACCUCGGAGCCAGCGGCAAACCUUAGAAGCCUUUCCACUCAGCAUCACGGAUACAUGCGUGUGGUCCCGGACACACCCAAAUUUGCCCUCUAAUGUAUUUCCACGCAGAAAAAACGAGAAAGCAAUGGACUAA